AUGGGUCGCCACACCAGGUGGUCCCAGCUGACGGACGCGGAGUUCCUGGAGCUCGCCAAAAGCAACGUGGAGGCCCUGAACCGGGCCUUGGAGGAUGUGCCUGCCGAGCAGAUUCGCAUCCACGUGUGCUGGGGCAACUAUGCCGGGCCGCACCACAAGGACAUGCCGGCUGAGCUGUUGUGGCCCCUUAUCGGAGAGAUCAAAGCAACGUACAUCCUGGUGGAAGGCGCCAACCCGCGGCACCGCAUUGAUGUGGCCGCCUUCGAGGACGCAGUCCGGAAGGGCUACUUCAAGCAGCACCAGGUCAUUGCCCCUGGCCUUGUGGACUCCACCACGGCUCGGGUGGAGGACCCGAAGCUCAUCGCUGAGAGCUUGCUACGAUAUGUUCGUGCAGUGGGCCACCCGAGCCGCGUGCUGGCCAGCACCGAUUGCGGCUUUGCCUCCACCGCCAAAUCCACGGCCAUUUCGGCAGACAUCGCGUGGAUGAAGCUUCGGAGUCUGGCCGAGGGGGCCGCCUUGGCCACCCGGCUCUUCAUCGAACAGCGCGCUCCAGUGCCCUGCCGGUCGCCGAGCUUCGUGCCGACGCCCUUCCGCCCGGUCAUUUUCGCCAAGAGCUCCGACAAGUAUGCGCUGCAGCUGCAGGCAGCCUUCUCUGGCCUCACCGUGCAUCCGGCCAGCAUCUUUGCCGAGGAAGCUUUCGAGGAGCUCCGCUGGGUGGUCGACGCGCCGCUGGCCUUUGUGGCACUGGGGCGCGAAGGUCUGCAGCUGGCCCAAGCCACCUUGGACCGCCUCAAGGCCGACCAUGGCGCCGUUGCUCGGCGCCCGGCCACGCUCAGCGCCGCUCUGGAGGACGAGGCACCUGUGGCGCUGGCGGAGAGGGUUCGUGGCCUGCAGCAGACGGGCUUCGACAAGCGUUCCUUGGUUCUGCCUCGCAGCAGCCAGCCGCCGGCCUCCGCGGAUGUGGUGGUUGUUGGCGCAGGGCUUUUGGGCAUGCUGACGGCGCACCGCUGCAGCGCUGCGGGCUUCAGCGUUGCGGUCCUGGAGCAGCGGACCCUCGUGGGCGGCAUUUGGUCCAUGUACGCAAACUCGACCUCCCAGGUGAACAGCUCCGAGGGUGGCUACUGCAUCAAGGAGCUCCUCGGUGAGGAGGAUGGCAAGGCCCCUUGGGACAACCGGGACCACAGCACCGCCGCGGAGGUGCUGAAGGAUUUCGCCAAGCUCGGCGACCGCUUGAAGGAUCACAUCUUCACUUCUGUGCGCGUCGUCAAGAUCUUGGGUGAGCACGGGAACUACACAGUGCUCUUUGAGGACGGAUUCUCGAACAGCGCCGGCGUGCUCCAGUGCCGCGGAGUGGUUCUGUGCAUCAACGACCGGGUGGGCCUCCCACGCCCGUUGUCCGUGCCUCGAGAAGACUUUGCCGGCGUGGUGGCGGAUGGGACAUCUGAUUCCCUAGCAGGUAUGGACUGGCGCGGCAAGCGCGUGAUCAUCGCCGGAAUGGGAGCCUUUGCUGUGGAGAACGUGCGCACGGCUUUGGAGCAGGGCGCCGCAGAGGUAGUCGUCGUGGGGCGGCGGCAUGGCACCAUCUGCCCCAAGGCGAUUGACUACCUGAACUUCGUGAAGCCUUGGGACGAGAAGUACAAGCACGACACCCAGACGAACGUGAAACAGUUCCUCCGGUGGAAGCAGCUCUAUGAGCGGUCUGGUUGCACCGUGCCGGAGUGCUGGCCCAAGCAGGUGAAGCACGACGGCCACACCAUCUCCGUGAGCGACAUUUGGUUUGUGGCCCACUUCAUGAAGAAGCUCCGCACCUGCGCGGGAGAGAUCCAGCGGCUGGUGAAGGAUGGAGCGAUCCUGUCGAGUGGCGACUUCCUCCCUUGCGACGUGGUGGUCGGCUGCAUCGGCUUCGAGCGUUCGA